AUGACAAUAAUCUUACCCUCAGAAAUACUAUUGAAGAUAUUUGCGGAACUUCGAAAAGAUGCCACAUCGCUACACUCCUGCGCUCUUGUCAACAGACAAUGGUGUGAAAAUGCCUUGAUAUAUUUAUGGCUCCAACCUUUUAAAUUAUUAGAGAAAUUCCGUAGGGAUGAUCCGAAUAAUAGGUCAUGGAAUGAGCGAGCAACAUGUCUCGUUCAGACGUACUUUUCUUGCAUUCAAUAUCAGGAGAAAUUAAAUACCCUCUCCAACGACAGACACCGCAGUACACUAAGACAACCUCAACAAUCCAACAUCAAACCACCUACCUUCAAUUAUCUUCAAUAUUUGAAAAGUUUGGACAUCGGUGAAUUCUCAAAUGCGCUUCUUGGAAUGGCGGAGAAUACGCAAGGUAAAAGAAGUUUUCUUAACGAUCGCUUCACGUCGUCUCACCACAAAAACGAUUCAUCCCACAUGGGCAUCAUCGGCUAUACAAAAACAACAGCAUCAAAACCCCAACGCUUGGGGUACAACAAAUUCAUAUCCGCUGUUGCCGCCGCUGCCUCAAAUCACACCAAUGUCACAUCGUCCAGAGCAAGAGCCGAUCUGUACAAUAGAACCAUUCUGGGAAAAAUAUUAAGGAAUCCAUCGAUAAAUCUCAAAACUCUAAGUAUUAGCAAUCAGAUGGAACCUUAUUCGUGGUUACACUCUCUACUGCCUAGUACCAAUCAUCACCUCGCCAAUCUUUCUAAAUUCAUUUGCACGACCGCUUGUAAUGCUGAGUUGUAUAUGACACUUUCCAAGUCCGUAGUUAAUCUGAGAAAAAUAAAGAUUUGGAUGGAUUACUAUCCGCCACCAAAUAUUAUUAGUCAAAAAGGUUCACAAAAACAUGGAAUGGAUAGUCUAGAAGCUCAGGUGGAAGGCCUCAUAAUUUUGAUUAAAUCUCAAAGAAAUCUACAGCAUUUUGAACUGGGUUAUUGUGGGCUGGGCCUGGACGAUAUCAUAACGGCAUUAGGUACACAAGUACGCUCGUUGCGUACAAUAACCUUUUUUAGGGUGGAUUUCAAAGAUUGGCGUUCCCUAUUGAAGCUGAUCUCAGAGACCCAAUUAGAUCGACUGAUGCUGAGCUCUUGUUAUUACUUACAAAAUUGUGUUUCUAAUUUACCCUAUAAUGAUAUAUCAAGUUCUCGUAUUACGAGGAUUAUAAUUUCGACCGCUCCUAGCCAAAUACUUGAAUCACUAAUUAGCAGGGCAAAUAUUAGUCUGGAGGAGUUGGAAAUUUCUCAAAUACAAACGCUACCCACCACCACCAUUACCAAUUCGAUUACUUCUUUCACUACCUUUAAUUCUAAUUAUAAUGCUCCUCACAACCUACAACCACGGAACAUUCUUGAAACAAUUUCACUCCAUUGUCCGAAUCUAACAAUAGCACGAUUAUAUAUUGAUACCAAUACAAUUUCAAAACUACCGUUAUUUAUAAGUUCGUGUAUAAAUCUAAAAUGUCUUACGAUAUUUGGUCCUAAAUAUCCCGAAAUAAAUGUAGAUAACAUAUUUAGAGAAAUUAGUGUAAUUAACGCCAAUAAUUUGGAAAAACUGGCGAUACGUUCAUCUUGGACAUUUACUGCAGAAAGCCUAGAAUUAUUCUUAGAAAGUUUCUCGAAGCUAAAGGAAUUUGAAAUAUUAUGGAGUUGCUGCGUAAACAAUGAUCAUUUUGAGGUACUGUUGGAUAGAUUUCGAUGUGGCGGUGAAUAUCAUUAUCACCGUUGCGAUGGUAUGGGAAUGCGUGGCCGCGGCGACAAGUAUGGUAAGUACGGGAAAAAGAGUGAAAGUGGCAGACGUUACACGAGCAACGACGGUUUUGUGAGGAAAGAUGGUAAAUGUAAAAAUAAAAGAAGGGGAAGAUGCUGCGUGAAUGGCUAUAAAUGUGGUAGUAAUGGUAAAGAAAAAUAUUAUGUCGGUUUGCAAGGAAAACGCUUGCAUCAGAUGAAACGUAGCAACAAAUUAGAAGACCUGAGAAUACAGACUAAACACAUUAUAAACGUUGAGUUGAUUAGACAGAUCCAAAGAGUCGUAGGAUGCGUUAGAGUUUGGAAUUGGUAG